GCUCUCUCCGCUCCUCGCAGUUGCCCAAUCAGAGCGCGGGCAUCAAGCUGACAACAGUUCAACAUGGAGACCACAGUGGAGCGGCUGGAAGCGAUGUUUGUGAAGUCUGAGGCGGACUUGGAGUACAUUGAGAAGCGUCUGAAGCUGGACUUCAUCAACAGACCAGCAGAGACCGGAUCAACUGCUGAGGAGAACCCGGCUGUGAUGCUGGAGAACCUGAGAACCAUCAGAAGCAAACACUCAGAGCUCAGCACUCAGCUGAAGGAGAUCUCUGCUGCUCAGAGCGAGUCCAUGAAGAACAUCAGGUCAAGCCUGAACUCUGUGAGCGAGCUCAUCCAGAACCUGCAACACAACCAGGACCUGAAGGUGGAGCCGCUGACGGAGGAGGAGAAGAAGGCAGUGGAACUGAUUGGAUCCUUUUUAACAGACACCAAAUCACAGAUUUCUUCUUCUGCAUCUGAACAGGAGCCACAAUCAGCUCAAUCGGUGUGCAGACGAUGAAGAUGAAGGCUCUGUUGUGCUAAACCUCUCCAUGGUGUAGCUGAGUAAGGGGGCAGCUGAAAUCUGCAGGGGGGGGGGGGGGGUCAGUCCAUGUGUUUGUUGAUUCAGCAGUCAUGCUAUUAUGUUUUCAGUCACUCCUUCACUUUCUCACUUUAGAUCCACACACUUCGCAGAAACAAACAAAUCAGUGUCUGACUCUCACCUGCAUGCUCCUCCCCCUCCGUGAUCUUCUACUCCUCUUCCUCACGCUCAGAAACAUGUUCAGUUUUCUUGUUUCAAUGUAUUCAUUUAUAAAUAUAAUUAAAGGUUUCAAGAGAAAUGUUUGAAAUACGAAAUUACGAGAGCUUUUAUUUUGAAAAGGUUCAAAUGAUCCACAGACUAAGAUGUAUGACAGAUUAAUAAAGUAUUUAGAAAACGG